AUGGGUUGUGGAAUGAGCACUGAGGAUAAGGAGGGGAAGGCGCGGAACGAGGAGAUUGAGAACCAGCUCAAGCGUGACAAGAUGCUGCAACGGAAUGAGAUCAAGAUGCUGCUGCUCGGAGCCGGAGAGUCAGGCAAGUCGACGAUUCUCAAGCAGAUGAAGUUGAUCCACGAGGGUGGAUACUCGCCCGACGAACGGGAGUCGUUCAAGGAGAUCAUUUACAGCAACACGGUGCAGUCGAUGCGGGUGAUCCUCGAGGCGAUGGAGUCUCUCGAGCUGCCGCUGGAGGACCAGCGCAACGAGUAUCAUGUGCAGACCGUCUUUAUGCAGCCCGCCCAGAUCGAGGGCGACAGCAUCCCGCCCGAGGUUGGCACCGCCAUUGGUGCUCUGUGGCGCGACACCGGGGUCCAGGAGUGCUUCAAGCGGUCCCGAGAAUACCAGUUGAACGACUCUGCCAAAUACUACUUCGAUGCCAUUGACCGCAUUGGCCAGGCCGACUACCUCCCCACCGACCAGGAUGUGCUCCGCUCUCGUGUCAAGACCACCGGUAUCACCGAGACGACCUUCAUUAUUGGCGACUUGACCUACCGGAUGUUCGAUGUGGGUGGUCAACGGUCCGAGCGAAAGAAGUGGAUCCACUGCUUCGAGAAUGUCACCACCAUUCUGUUCCUGGUCGCCAUCUCCGAGUAUGACCAGCUGCUGUUCGAGGAUGAGACGGUCAACCGUAUGCAGGAGGCGCUCACCCUGUUUGACUCGAUCUGCAACUCGCGGUGGUUCGUCAAGACCUCGAUCAUUCUCUUCCUCAACAAGAUCGAUCGUUUCAAGGAGAAGCUUCCCGCCAGCCCCAUGAAGCACUAUUUCCCCGACUACGAGGGCGGUGGUGACUACGCCGCGGCCUGCGACUACAUCCUUAACCGCUUCGUGUCCUUGAACCAGGCCGAGCAGAAGCAGAUCUACACCCACUUCACCUGCGCAACGGACACCACCCAGAUCCGGUUCGUCAUGGCCGCUGUGAAUGAUAUCAUCAUCCAGGAGAACCUCCGACUGUGUGGUCUGAUUUAA